CCUUGCAGGACGUACAUCCUUGCGCCGCGAGCUGUCGCUUCUCGUUUCUUUAUUUUUAUUUUAUACUCGUUUUUUAACUGUGAAUGAUUCUCUUUUUUUAAGCGACGAUGUUAACAAAGGAUAAAUUAAUUAUAAUCUGGUUGGCGUUUACGACUACGGUUUGCGGUAGUGAUUUUAAAAAUACAUUUUCCGAAGGAAAUAGUGCGCGUUAUACUGAAGAUGCGGUCAUUGUCGACGCACCAGUACCACGCGUACGUCGUGAGGUCGUUAACAAUACGAGAAGUGUGAGACAACUUUUUCUGAUGGGCCCUCGAAUGGCGCAAACAACGGACGAUGGAGCUUUCGGGACGGAUUGUGAAACAACUUUGGGAAAAAAGGGAACAUGUAAAAGUUUUCGCGAUUGUUACCCACUUUUCAAGGUUGUGGAUUUGUCUGGUUGGGACGGGUGGGUGAUGGGACACUAUGAUACCUGCAGUUUUAUCAACUCUAACAACAUGGAGGUGUUCGGUGUGUGCUGCACGGCGCCGGUGGGCACGCCGCCUCAGCUGGAGGCCGAUGUGCAGCGGCUAGGCGCACUGCCGCCCGUCCUGCCCGCACAGGCGCCCCCGACGCAACUUCUCGGCUUUCCGGGGCGAAUCGCAUCUUCACUGACACAGCAGUGGACAUUUGGAGAAGCGAAUCGGGAGCGGCAGAUUCCCGCCAACUGGCCUCCCACUAUCCCGCCGCUGCCUACGCACCCGCCGGACCACGCCGCGCCUACGCAUCCGCCCUCCAUAGUCGCAGGUAACGUGGAACCAACUCGACCUACGACCAGUAAACCUUCCAGCACUGCCUCCACAACCUGGGGAACGAAGCCUCCGAGUACUACAAAACAGACAUGGUCACCUGCAUACCCAACUAAGCCGACUAAGCCCACAGGCCAGCCUGCGGUGGAUAGUUCUUGUGGCAUCAAGAAUGGACCACAGACUUACGGAACUGCAUACGAGAUACAAGAUGAAGAAAGGAUCGUGGGCGGUCACAACGCGGACCUUAAUGAGUGGCCCUGGAUCGUGGCGCUUUUCAACGGCGGCCGUCAGUUCUGCGGCGGCUCUUUAAUCGAUGACAUACAUAUUCUUUCAGCGGCACAUUGUGUUGCACAUAUGACGUCAUGGGAUGUGGCUAGACUAACUGCGCGUCUCGGCGACCACAACAUCCGCACCAACACCGAAACGCAGCACGAAGAGAGGAAGAUCAAGAGAGUGGUGAGACAUCGCGGCUUCAACAUGCAGACACUGUACAAUGACGUUGCAAUACUGACUUUGGACAAACCAGUAAAGUUCUCAAAGACGAUUCGGCCGAUAUGUCUGCCGAGCGGCAACAGGGCGUACGCAGGUCAGGUUGCCACUGUUAUUGGCUGGGGCAGCUUGCGAGAAAGUGGACCACAACCAUCGGUGCUACAAGAAGUUUCUAUUCCGAUAUGGCAGAACGCGGAGUGUCGACUUAAAUACGGCUCUGCGGCGCCUGGCGGUAUCGUCGACCACAUGAUCUGCGCCGGCAAAGCUAGCAUGGACUCUUGUAGCGGUGACAGUGGCGGCCCCCUGAUGGUGAACGAAGGCGGUCGCUGGACUCAAGUGGGGGUGGUAUCGUGGGGUAUCGGCUGCGGGAAGGGACAGUAUCCCGGAGUAUACACUCGCGUCACUGCCUUCCUACCGUGGAUACAAAAGAAUUCGAAAAAUUAAAACAGAAUCAUAAGAAUAAAAAGCAUAAUUUUAUCUAUAUUCCAUUAUAUGUAUACUUUUCAACCAUCAAUUACUUUGAGAAAGACAAUACUGGUAUCUUGUCUUUCUCAAUAAAUUGGUCUCGAUCUGUACCUAGGCAUGCCAAUCAAAAUUCCUGAACAUGUGCCAAAUAGUACAUAAGAUUUAUAUAAAUAAAUAAACAAUU